CAGGACCUCACUGAGAAGCAGUGCGCGUUGUGCCUGUCGAUGACUUGAUCGUAAUUCUUCACUUACACAAUAAUGCUUGUUUUUUUAUUUAGCAGAACAUAAUAUAAAGAUUGUUUUCAAGAGGCAGACAACAUCAUGGCUACUACUGAAAAUGCAGAAUCAGGUUCACCGGAGAACAAAGUGGAUCGUAGACCUGGAAACUCGGAUGCAAUGUACCCCCUGAAAGUCUUAUAUUGCGGAGUGUGUUCUUUGCCAACAGAGUACUGUGAGUACAUGCCUGAGCCUGCCAAGUGCCGGCAGUGGUUGGAGAAGAACUUUCCGGAUGAGUUUGCAAAGAUGACUGUGGAGAGUGCACCGAAGCAAGACACUGGAGGUGGAGAUGCGCCCCCUGCUGGAGAGGAGGAAGAAAAGAAGAAGCAAAAAAGAGGAGGGAGGGGUCAGAUCAAACAGAAAAAGAAGACUGUUCCUCAAAAAGUAACAAUAGCUAAAAUCCCUCGGGCCAAGAAGAAAUAUGUAACCCGUGUGUGUGGCCUCAACACUUUUGACAUUGACCUUAAAGAAGCGCAGAGAUUCUUUGCCCAGAAGUUCUCAUGCGGUGCCUCUGUAACAGGCGAAGAUGAAAUCAUCAUUCAGGGAGAUUUUACAGAUGACAUCACUGACGUCAUCCAAGAGAAGUGGCCUGAGGUGGAUGAUGACAGCAUUGAAGACCUUGGGGAGGUGAAGAAGUGAAAAUCCAGUCAGCACUUUUAGUAAAACAUGAGAGAAUGAUCUGGCCAAAUACACACAGACAAAACUGGCAUUUUGUAUCUAUUUUAUUUACUGUACUGAAGUUGUGAACUUGGCCCCUUUUCAUGACAUCUUUCAGUUGUGUAUAGCUGCUUUUCUCCUGGUUGCCAAAGUUCUAAUAUGAUUGUGAAUUCUUCCAAUUACAAACACUGCACUAAAGCAAAUUUUAGUGUAAUAAAUAGUCAGUUUUGGUCUCAUUUGCUUGGUGUCU